AUGGCAUACAUGCAAGAGGUUUUGGAGAGGCAAGAGCGAGAAAUUAGAGAAAGAAUGCGUCGACGAGCUGCGAGCAAAAGGGUGCAUAGAGAACUAGAUGAGCAACUUAGCAUGGCCGUUGCUUUGUUGGAGGAAGAAAACCAGAGCCGCCGUGGUUCACGAGAAGGCCGUGCCCCGAAUGUGGACAACAUAGACAUUCUCGGGAAAAAUUGUGCUGGAAAUUUGGGGCUUCUUCCUGAGCAAAAGUUCACAGCUGUGAUACGAAUGUUGGCGUAUGGGUUAUCUACUGAUCAGGUGGAUGAGAUUGCCCGGAUGGGGAAGUCCACUAUUUUGGAGAGCUUGGUGCGAUUUUGUGGUGCUGUGGAAACUCUGUACACCAGGGACUACCUGCGCAGACCUACGCCCAAGGACCUGCAACGACUUCUACAAAAAGCUGAGUCUCGUGGAUUUCCUGGAAUGAUUGGUAGCAUUGACUGCAUGCACUGGCAAUGGAAAAAUUAUCCAAUUGCUUGGCAAUGGGAUUAUGGCAAUCGGAAAGGGCAAAAAAGCAUCAUCCUCGAAGUAGUUGCUGGUUUUGAUACAUGGGUUUGGCACACCUUCUUUGGAGUUGUCGGCUCUCAAAAUGAUUUGAACGUCCUGGGUCAAUCCCCAGUGUUCAAUGAUGUUCUGAGAGGUGAAGGCCCAAAUAUCACAUAUCAAAUCAAUAAUACCAUAUACCAGAACGGGUAUUAUCUAGCUGAUGAGGGGUACAGAAAAGAUGUGGAGAGGUGCUUUGGUAUCCUUCAAUCCCGAUGGGCUAUUAUCAGGGGCGCGGCGCGUCUAUUUGACGAGGAGGUUUUUAGGAGUAUAAUGAUGACUUGUAUCAUCCUCCACAACAUGAUUGUGGAAGAUGAGUAUGAUUACGAUGCUGAUGAAGUGUAUGAACUAGAUCCUAUGAACACGACCUUAACAUGA